AUGCUCAGGAAGAUAUCUCAUAGCAGAGAGAAUUCUUCGGAUAAAGCUCAUAAGAGAAACUCUUCUCUGGGAGGCAAUCCGCCGAUUUCAGGGUAUAAGACUUCUACUCAUAAGAGAACUACGUCUCGGAGUAGUGCUUCAAGUGUGAAUAGUAAUUUUUUGGCUGAACAGUACGAUAGAGAUAGAACCGCAAUCAUUAAUUCAUGUUUCCAGAAAGUGGAUCCUGCUACCGGGACACCCUUGAACUCAUAUAUAACGCAUGUGAGGAUCAUUGAGGAUUCAAGGUUCCCUAGUUCGCGACCUGCGAUAAAUUCCCCGUUGGAAAAUAAGAAGAAACGUGUGUUGAUUGUCAGUUCUCAGUCCAAUGGUAAAGGGAUGCAGUUCCAUAAGGCAAGAGAAAAUAGUAAUGGGACUUUUCAGAUCGGACGGACUUGGGAUCUGUUUGAGUUGGAAUUAAUAGAAAGAGAUGUAGAAAUUCCUCAAGGGUUCAUCUUGGUGAUGGGGAAGAAAUAUUAUUGGCAGACCAAUUCUGCUAAGGAGCGAACCGUUUUCAUCAAGAGUCUUGUUUCCAUAUUUAUGGAGAAUACUGGUGGUAGAGUGCCCAAAUUGGUUAAUUGGGACCUUUCAAUGUUCUACUUGGAUGAGACAAGUUACCAAAGAGCGGUAAUCAGCAAACCAUCGGGUUCUGUAAGCCCUGUCAAACAACGUAACGUUGUGCAUCAACAGGUAUCGACACCACAGCAGUCUCAGAAACAACAGCAACCUGCUGUUGUUUCAUCCGCUGCUCUUGCAGCUGCCACCUCGGCCAGCUCUACAGCUGCGGCAGUUACAGCAACAGCAACAACAACAACAUCAUCGUCAUCAGCUGUUUCUGAUCCGUCACAACGACGCGAACUACCUACUGCGGAUUCUGCCGCCAUUGCUACUCCUUCUGCAUCCUCGUCUCCAAAGAAGGCAUCGAUCACUUCUCAACCGUACUCUCAAUCAACUACAAUUAUUGCUGCAGAAAGAAAGCUACAGUAUAAGCAUGUGGCACAAGAACCAUCGGUACUGACCCCACCGCCGGAUGCAGAUUAUGAUCAAGAUACGAAAAAUGUCAUGGAAGAAAUCAAUGACAUGUUACAAUCUCCAUUACAAUCAGUGGAUAUACGACAUAGAAGAUCGUCGUACCAACAGGUUGAAAAACAGCUGGAUAAUUCCGAUGGUGAGUACUACGAAAUUGAUAACUAUAAUGAUGAUAUGAAAAUGAGUCCCAUUGACGACGACUACAACCAACCAAUUCUGGAUCCAACCUCAGAUAAAGAAGAUCUCUACGAUAUGACGAAUUCAAGUUUCCAAGACCAAACUGAAGAUUUAUCGUUCGAAAAAGACGAUGAAAAAAGGUAUAGUGCAGAUUUCAACAAUACCCCGCAACCACAGCAAGAGUCCCACUAUCAUCUUGUGCAUACGAUCCCGGAGGAACAGUCUGAACUCGCUGACUUAUCUAAAGGUGAUAUUUUACCUCCAAAAAUAUUAGUUGAAGAUUCCCGUCCCAAAUCACCGGUAGCAAAAUUGGAAGAGACAAUUAACGAAGAAGUAUUACUGGAAGUCCUAACAGAGGUUAACUGGGAUGUCAAUGACGAUAGCAGUUCGCUGCUGGAAAAAUUGCAUUCUAGACUCGCUGAUGUCGAUUAUCAACUCAAUAAAAACCUUCUUUUCCUUCCAAAAAGUUUGGGUGAACUCAAUCCAUACAAGGAUCUAGUGUUCAAAGAGUGUGAUAAAUUAGAUCCUACAUUGUCAUUAUUCACUAUGGAGCUAUCUAGUGUUUCCAACGAUAUUGAAUUUGUAGAAAGCCAACAAAACGGUCUACAAGUUAGAGUUGCGAAUAGGAAGUUGUUAUGGAAAGAGUUAAACGAAAUUUUGAAUUCAGUCUCCAUUGAUGAAAAAUCAUUACAUGAACUCCUUCGUCUUCCUAUGUCGAAGACGAGUAUUGAAAGAAUGGAAGUUUUAUUGGUAGAGUUAUAUGCUGCACUAAAGGCAAUUGAUGGUAGCAAAGACCAGUUUGUUCAGGAUUCGGAGGAUGACUUGAGUGACAUGAGAGCACUUAGCGAGAGAAGACAUGCUUACGAAAAGGUUACAGAACUGUUUAUCGAGAGGAUCGUUGAGCAAAUGUCGUUGAAGUUCAAAGAGAUCGAAAAGUCGACAGAGAAUACUAAGGAAGCACUUACCAACACUUUGGUAUUUUCGUCUUUGACUUUGUUCUGUAAAGAUGUUUCUAUGAAAUCGUAUGAAGAGUUAAUUGACUUAUGGAAUGAGGAUAUUUACCAGCUAUAUGAAAGGAAGACUAAUAUUUUACUUUCAAGGAUGAGACCUGUCGCUGUCAGCCAAAACUCUCAACUGUCACAACUUUCUUUUAACCAGUCCGAACAGGAUUCGCUAUACCAAUGGUGGUACACAUUAAGAAUACAAAAAGCACCAUUCCAAGAUAGUAGCGAAUUAGAUCCUCAACUUGUUUCUAUAAUAAAUGCAAUUCGAGAGAUGGAGUCUGUUUGCACUGUUUAUCAAAAUUUUGUUUCCAGUUUUUUCCAUUUGUCUUCUAGGCUUCACUUUAAUGAGUUCGUUGGAUCGAUUUCUCCUAAUGAGAGAGGAUUUACUGAUUUACAGAAAGUUGGACCUAUGGAAUCAGUAAGAAAAUAUGCAACAAACAUUAAUCAAUUAGUGUCCAAAAUCAUACAAAACCAGUUGGUGAAGUUCUUCAAGGUAGUCUACAAAGUGGCAGCGAAUAACAGGGUAGAUAAUCCCGCUUUACUUCUCUAUUUGGAAUGUCGUAUAAAGGAUCUUGAAUCAUCAGAUCAAGAGGUUCUAAGAAACUACCUAAUCAAGGCAUAUCAAAGGAUUCAACAAGAUUGGAGCAAUUAUGUCGAUGAACAGUGUGUGUAUAUUGAAAGAGCUGUCAUCAACUUUAAAUCGAGAUCUUUAUCUCAAUCAGUUGUUAGUCUCCCAAUUUUCACUCGCUCCGUUGAGAAAAGUUUACGGGCAACUGUAGCAUGGCUCUGCCUAGAUGAGAAUACGAAGUACGAUUCUAUGUUAUACUCAGAACAGGCGUAUAUGAGAAUUGCAGAGUCUACUGUAAAGUUGCUUUUAUCUAGCACUAACCAAGACAUUAACACAGACAUGGUACAGAACACAAACAUGUCUGAAAAACUCGAUGAAACUGUAACACUUCUAAUUAACACGAACUUGCUACUGGAAACGCUCCCAUUAUUUGAUAUGGACAUCUUUUCAGUAACUAUACAAGAAACGAAAAGACUAUUUGAUAAAGAAAAGGAAUCGUACUCUGAAAUGUUGAUGAACAGCAGCAUGCCAGCCUUGGUAGCAUUUGUACAGGGUGCAUAUAGUCUAAUCGAAACUUCUGGAGGAAAUGGAUUCGUUGAUCCUAAACAGUGGGCAGCAUAUAGUGAACAAAAUCUUUCCAAAAUAUUGGUUUCCUACACUUCUCAAGAAGUGACUGCAUUAAUCGGCAAACUUUACAAUAACAUGGAAGCUCAUUUCCUAUCUGAGGCCAACAAUAAAGCGAGAGAUGUACUAUGCCAAAAAUUGUGGUCUAACAUUCAGGGUAAAGUCGUCUCGUUCUAUUUGAUGUUGUACUCGUUGAUUGAGAAACAUUAUAAGAACACUAACAUCAAAUUCAGUAAGAACGAUAUUAUUGCUGCUUUUGAUGCUCAUAAAUAG